AUGAAUUGGACUUCAUUGCCAAACCUUGAAUGUCUAAAUUUGAGCGAUUGUUUCUUAGCUGGAAGCAUCUCUAACAACAUCGGUUCUUUGUCAAAGCUCACCUCCCUAGACCUCUCUUCCAACUCUCAACUUGAAGGUGUGCUUCCUUUAACCUUGGGAAACCUCACCCAACUGGUAGAACUUUACAUAUCUGGUACUCAAAUCAGUGGUCCCAUUCCUUCAGGUAUUGGUCAAUUAACCAAUCUAAUCUUUUUGGAUCUCCAUUCAAAUCUACUCAACAUUUCCAUCCCUUCAGAAAUAGGAAAUCUGAAGAAUUUGGUUGUGAUGGAUAUGAGUUCUAACAACUCAAGUGGUCCAAUACCUCCAUGA